UGUUCUCUGUGUUUCUACUGUUGUUAAGAGCAAAGAGGAAACUGCAUCUCCAGUAUUUAUUAUUAUGGAGAAUAUUUUCAGUAUCUGCUGAUCCAUCAGCCUGAGGAGGAAGAGGAGGUGGAGAACGAGGAGCUGCAGGAGAACAGGAGAAGAGGAAGAGUGGGUUACGAAAACCGAGACAAUAUAAAAUGCAGCUGAUUUGAGUGGAAGAUGUCUGACGUUACCAUGGAAGCCACCACCAUGCUCCCAAUCCUCAAGAAGAAACUGGCCUUUUUGUCAGGGGGCAAAGACCGGCGUAGUGGUCUGAUCCUGACCAUACCUCUCAGUUCAGAUCAGACCAGCAUGGAGGAGCUCAGUGUCACGCUGGACUACCUUCUCAGCAUCCCCAGUCAGAAGUGUAAGGCCCGGGGUUUCACCGUCAUCGUGGACGGACGCAAGUCUCAGUGGAACAUUGUCAAGACUGUGGUGCUCAUGCUACAGAAUGUGAUCCCGGCCGAGGUGUCGCUGGUCUGCGUGGUGAAGCCAGAUGAAUUCUGGGACAAGAAGGUCACGCACUUCUGCUUCUGGAAGGAAAAAGAUCGUCUGGGCUUCGAGGUGAUCCUGGUUUCGGCCAAUAAACUGACUCGUUACAUCGAACCCUGUCAGCUGACGGACGACUUUGGAGGAAGUCUGGACUACGACCACAACGACUGGCUCAACAAGAGACUGGUUUUUGAGAAAUUCACCAAAGAGUCGACGUCGCUGCUGGACGAGCUGUCGAUCAUCAAUGGCGGUGACAAGAGCAGUUCGGGGGACAAGGAAAAAUUAGCUGACUCGGCCCUCUUACCGUCCUUUGACCCUGAGACUGUUCUUCAGACUGGUCAUGAGCUGCUGUCGGAGCUGCAGCAGCGUCGGUUUAACGGCUCCGAGGGAGGAGGAGGAGGAGGAGGUAAGGGAGGUCCGGCCUGGCGUCCCAUGGAGGAGGAGCUGCUGGCUCAGCCUCAGGUGAUGAAGCUGCUGGACUCACUCAGGGAGCAGUACACCCGAUACCAGGAGCUCUGCAGGCAGCGAAACAAACGCAGCCAGCUGGAUGAGAUUCACACCAAGGUCAUGCAGGUGGUGACCUGGCUGCAGGGUCCAGGUUCCGAGCUGUUAAAGAAUCAUCAGGCGAUCGGAGACUCGAUUCGAGCGGCUCAGGCCCUGCAGCAGAAGCACGAGGAGAUCGAGAGCCAGCACAGUGAGUGGUUUGCGGUGUACGUGGAGUUGAACCAGCAGAUCGCUGCCUUGCUCAAUGCCGGGGAGGAGGAGGAAGUGGUGGAGCUGAAGUCGCUACAGCAGCAGCUCAGCGAUGUCUGCUACCGACAGGCGGCUCAGCUGGAGAAUCGCCAGAACGUCCUGCAGGCAGCGCAGGGCUUCCACAGCGCCACACAGGAGUUGUCUCAGCAGCUGGACGGUUUACUGGGAAUGCUCUGUGCUGAUGUGGCGCCGGCCGACGGAGCUUCUAUUCAACAAAACCUCAAACUGCUGGAGGAGAAGCUGCAAGCUGUCGAGGCAGGUCUCACCUCUCUGCGUCAGAAGGGGGCGUUGUUGACGGAGCAGAUGAGCAGCCAGCCACCGUGGUCUCUGGAGGAAACGGAGAGUCCAGCAGGAGAGCAGCAAGACAACGUCCAGCACAUUCAGGCUGUGAUGGAGGAGAUGCAGCUCCGCAAACAGAGGUGUGAGGACAUGGUGGAUGUGAGGAGGCUGAAAAUGCUACAGAUGGUCCAACUGUUCAAAUGUGAAGAGGACGCUCUACAGUCAGUAGAGUGGCUUGGCGAGCUUUUGGACGCCCUGUUGAAGACUCAUGUCCGACUGGGUGACGACUCUCAAGAGACGAUGACCAUGUUGGACAAACACAGGAAGUUCGUGGACGUCGCUCAGAGCACUUAUGAUUAUGGCCGCCAGCUGCUGCAGGCCACCGUCGUCCUCUGUCAAUCGCUGCGCUGCACAACGCGCUCAUCCGGAGAUACUCUGCCCAGGCUCAACCGAAUAUGGAAACAGUUCAGCGUCAGCGGUGAAGAGAGGCAACAGAGACUGGAGCUGGCUCUGAACUUCCACACCGCCGCCGAGAAGGUUUUACAGCAAGAAUACGUCGAGGCCGAGUUGCUGGAUGAAGUUGACUCCUCUGGGAAAACUCUGUUGGACAGAUUGACCACACCCGUUAUCUUCCCUGAUGGGAGCGAGCAGUACUUCGGGAGUCCCAGUGACACGGCAACGGCAGCGGAGGGCGUCAGAGAGCGCCUCCUGCUGGUGGAAGAGCAGCGGCUGCAGCUGCAGGACGCGGAGCUCCAUGAUGAUGAUGAUGAUGUUGACGAUGAGGUGCUGAACGGACAGGAGGCACGGCUCGAUGUUAUCGGAGAGGAACUGAGUGAGAAAGAAGAUCAAGAGGAGGAGGAUGAAGUUGAAGAGGGGUUGGAGGAAGAGGAGGCUGGGCCGCAGGAUGAAGAGUUAGACAGGGCCACGCAGGACUGCUAAUGGACGACAUUAAAGCUAGCAGCCUCAAUGAAGGGCUCCUAAUUCCUUUCCAGCGAGACCUAAGAUUUGCUGUCCGCGGGCCAAGAAAGCCCUGGAUCACUGCAGCUGCUAGUCUCAUUCUUACUGCUGCUGUUUAUCUACAUCCGACUACAUUACCCGUCAGCCUCUCCGCUCUGAAAGCUUUCCCCCUGGCUGUAGUGAAGGAUCAGCCCCCUCUAAACGGCACCUUUUGGAUCCAAUGUAAAAUACUGGAAAUAUUUACUGGAAUAGUUGAUACUCAUGUCCCCUGAUGCUCUCUCACGACUGUAAAAAAAACUUUUUUGGAUAAGAAGUCUUCUCCUUCCCAGCAUGCCUCUCAUUCCCCUAUGUGGGUGGAGCUUCCAUGGUACUAACAUGGUUGCUGUCUGUGCCUCCUACGACUUUCUCUCAUUUCUUGCCUCUUUGCCUCUUUUAUAUUCGCGUCCUCUCACAAAAGACGACGCUGGCGGCUGGUGCAGGAACUCAAAGAGUGGAGCUACAGUUUAUCAGGUGUGCAGCGACUGGAUCCUGCUCCUGCAGCAACAGUCCCGAACACUUCACCCACCUUCCAGACAGUGUCAGGCCUGUUAGAGCUGUUCAACACUCAGUUCGACAUGAAACUCUCCCGGCUGAAUCCACAGUACAUACAAGCUGAAAGAAAUAAUCUGCUUUAUUGACAAAAACUCAAAGUUAUAAGACUGUUUCCAUGGCGACUUGAGGAGAAGAGUCAACUGCAAAGCCCAAAGAGUUUCAUACAACAAUACGUUAACCAGAUCAGAUUCAAAUACAACACUCAUAAUUGAUAUAAAUCCUCUUGCAAGUUGUCGAAAAGUUUCCUCAAGAAAGUAAUUGCUCUAUUCACAAAUGACUGCCAGACUGUCAAAGCCAUAGACUGUAAAUAAAAAAGGACGACGCACCUCCCCUUCUCCCCACCGUACAAAAAUGAAGCCAAAAUACCUUGGUUACAGGAGCUGCCAUCUUGCGCUGUUGACUUUGAGCCAGUGAUUAUGGCGUGGAGCUGUGGUAUGAGUCAGUCAUGAUGCUUCAGGCUGUUUUUACGGCAUUCAAUAAUUAACUACAGCCAAACUUACCAGGAAACCUAACUCUUGAACUCCAAGAAGUGCCUAAUAUGUUAGAAUAUUAACCUUUUUUUUUAUGUGAAAUAUAAUUUUGUUUGGUCCAUGUCCCUUCUGCUAACAUGGAAGAGGCAUGGUUUGUAAACGUUACUGCAGCCAGCUACCAGGGAGGGAUCCAGGUAAUUUGGCUUCACUUUUGGGGAGCUGUCAUGUCGUCCGUCUUUAUAUACAAACAGUUUUCAAAGUUCACAGUAAAACAGGUGACGUAAUAAAGCAGGAAAAUAAAAUUAGAAUCAUUUUUUUUUACAAACUCAGUCCAGCAGGCGGCCUUGAGAAAAGCAAACUAAUUUGUGUGCACAAUUUAUUAAAUGAAGUAUAACAUACACUAAAAGUCCUGCAUUGUGUGCCGAGACACUCUUGCUAGUUUUCUUGUACUUGUAAGAUAUGUGGAUACACAUCAAGGAUGCUGAACUAAAGAUAUUUUUUCUUUGACAUUUUUUACAAAAGUUUUUAAAGUCAAAGCUUAGACGAGAAAUUGUCUGUUUUAAAGUUUAGGUGACUGAAGUCCCCGCACUACAGCAGGGGAGGAGGCAACAUAUGAUAUAAGUCAAGAGGAUGGUUCACUAAAUUGUGUGCACAAAUACCUCCUGGGCUCUGUAUUGUAGAAUGUCCAGAUUCGACCAAGCGAAUAAACUAAUGGCAACGGACCAAGGAGAGAUUCAGGAAAAAUCAAUUUUAAAGGAGACAUGUAUAUUCUUUGUGUUAAAUUUGUUGAAAAUGUCUUCAAAGCUAAAAAGUCUGUGUUAAAGGGACUUCCUCUCCUCCACAGAAAACCCUGAAGCUCCUUUAAGACCUUGUCAGUCGUGCGGCCAAUACCUUGCAUCCAGUCCAAACAUUUGCUUAAUUCACACCUAGCAGCUUGAUUUAACCUAAGUCAUGAGCAUACGUUGUCUCCUUUCAUUUCUGUUAGACUUCAUGCUGUUUCUUGUUGAAAUGUUCUCUAGGACUUGUCAACACCGUUGUGUCCAUGAUGCUCAGAUCUUUCAAAGACCAAGAGGCUCAGAACACGCUGCUCUUCAUAAAGCCCUCUGCCUUCAUGAUGGAGAUCGAACCUGCGCCGCUCACUGCUCAAAACUCACCAUAGGGACUGAGAUGACCUGACUCCGCUGGAGUCGAGUCAACAGACACACAGGUUUCACUGUGACUGGUUUGCAGCCACGAUGACAUCAGAGAAAGACGGAUUCAUUUCUUUUUAUUUAUUUGAUGGAUUCUUGAAGAUUAACAACCUUGUGAUUAUGUGCUCUUUUAUUUGACCGGUAAUUGCUGCUGUAAGUGUAACUGCUAAAUGCUUCUGUCCUCUCAGUCCAGUAACAUGCAGUGACUUCAUGACCUCAUCCUCAAAAUAAAGACGCUUUUUGAA